CCCCCAGAUCAGUUUUGUCUGUGUCCAUCUCGAUUCCUCGCCACAAAAACAAUUUUAUCAAGAAUAUUUUACCCAAAAGAAGCUCAAAGUUUUAUUUUAUUUUAACAGUAUCCGUUUUAAGCAUGAUUUUGAGGGAAUCGAGUUUGGAUUCGCGCCCGUUUUUAACCUUAAAGUGAUUGGCCCCUUUUUAGCUUUGUCUCCAUUUAACCCCCAAAUAAACCGUGUUUUCCAUCUUUAAACGCCCAUUUUCCUCACAAACGUCCAAUUUAUUCAUCCGAUUACACAAUUUUCUAUUUUCCCCACUUAGGGUCGCUUAAAUGCAUUGAUUUUGUGGAGCUGUAAUCAAUAGAGUUCGGUUUGGGAAGGGAAAUUUUUUUCGCAACGUAAUUUCAUGGAAAUUUAGUGAAUAUGGAGCAACAAAACGUUGUUUGCCCGGUUUGUACGUUGUUUUUACGACCCGGGAUUAAUUUAAAACAACAUUUAAGCACCCAUCCUAAACAAAAAGUUAUCGAGGCUUUGAUUAAUUUGGCUGGGAUUGAAAAUAAUCAUGAAAAUAAAGCAUCCGCAAGUUCUGAAACAUCUAAUACGACCGUUCCUAGUGGAAGUAACACUCAAAAUGGGUGGUUUCCGUCAUCUUCACCCUCAAACGCUGUUUAUACGAAUUUUGGAAACCUUUCAGGUGGAAAUCAUUCCUUCAUUUACCAACAAUUCAUGUCGUCGACGACACCUCAAGUUCCUUUAACGCAACAAAUAGUUACAGUUCCGACGUUAUUAAACUCACAAAUGAUGUGCCCCCCUUACGUUUACCAACAACAACAAGUAAUAAUGUCCGGACCAUCAUCGGUGAUGUUACCGAAACAUCUCCCGAUAGAAUGUGGCGAAAAAACGAUUACAGAAGAAGUUUCGGAUAUCGAGGAAUUAGUUGAAGACGAGGGUUUAAUAAACACCGAAGAAGAAGAGGUGAAAAAACUUGAAUCGGAAGAAAACGGCGAUGGUGAAGAACUAAAAAUUGAAGAAACGAACGUUACGAUUGGUUUAAAAAUAACUGAAAUGGAAGAAUUAGAUAAAUCGUGCCAAACGCAAAGCUUUGAGAACCAACAAAUUGAAAAUAUUGAAGAAGAAGAGGUGAAUUACGCGAUUUUAACGAAUUACGAGUCAAAUUUGGGUGCAGAAACCGAAACGAUUCGACAAGAAAAUGUUGACAUGGAUGGGAUGACGUUGUUUAUUAACGAUUUUAACGCUCCAGUUACAGUUGCGCGAGUUGAAGAGUUCGAUAUAUCAAACGAUCAUCGCCCGAGAGUUUUAAUGAACAUUGGAAACACAAUCGAAACAUUCACAGUGAAUCGGGACGAAAGUUUAUCAAGAGAAAGUGCUAAUAUCCGCGCCGAUGAGCAUAUGCCACCAAGAGGGGAAUUAUCCGGACAAGAAAGUAACGACACAAGCGAAAAUUGGGUCCAACCCCCACCGAGAUACGAUAACCUAUCAGUUUCUUAUGAUCUAAUCGGUUUAAAUUCAGAAAUCACCUCGGAAAAUAACGAGGUUAAUGAGGUAAAUGAAGUUUUCGACGACACCCCAACAGUUUCAGGUUUCCGGGAACCCCCGAUAAGUUAUAAAUGCCCGAAUUGUAACGAAACAUUUAAUUGUCCGAAAGAAAGAAAGAAACACCAAAGCGAAAAGCACAAAAAAAUUAAAAAACGAUCAAAAAAAACAGACGAAAACAAUUUCGAUAACGUUUUUAACCGAUUUAAAAUCGAACCCGAAAUAGAUAACAUCGAAUCGGAAGCUAAAGAUAACGAGAAAAAAGAGGUUCUAAUAAAUCCUUUAAUUUGUACGUUGUGCGAUCGAGUUCUUCCCGAUUCAAAUUCAUUAAAACAACACCAAUUGGAGGAGCAUCAAUUAACAGUUGAGGUUAGGAAUAAAUGCAAAACUUGCGAAGCCACAUUUCCAACGGAUGCGAAAUACACGGAACAUUUAAAAAUCCACCCUUUAGAAUGUCGAUUAUGCGGAAAAUAUUUUUUCCGAAAACAAAACAUGCAAUUACACAUGAAACGACAUCUCGGUAUUAAACCAUUUAAAUGUAACAUUUGCGAAAAAUCAUUUUUAACAAAACAAAAACACGACGAACACAAAAAUAUCCACACCGGGGAAACCCCCAUUAAAUGCAAAUUAUGCGAUGAAACGUUUCGGAGGCAUUCGAACUUGGUGCAACAUCGUAACCGACAUCAUUUUAACGUUAAAAGGAAAUUAAAAGAUUACGUUUGCGCGUGCGGGGAGGUUUUUCAUUCGAAAAGAAAAUUAGCUUGGCACAAAGAAAUUCACGAUACUAAACCGAAAGCUUGUAGUUUUUGUUCUGAAAAGUUUAUACACAUGGCUAGUUUAACUAGACAUAUUCGACGCGCCCAUAACAAAUGUUAUUUACCGCGCGAAGAUCGUAAUUCGGAAAACGUGGAAUGUCCAAUUUGUAAAAACGUUUAUCUUCGGAAUAAUUUAGACGUUCAUAUACGAAGUCAUAGCGGUCAAAAACCAUUCACUUGUUUAAUUUGUAAUAAAACUUUCUCGACGAAAUGGAAUUUAAAAUUACACAAAUGGACUCAUGCGUCGAGAAUGUCGAAGCCGUUUAAAUGUGAGUUUUGUAAAGGAGCUUUUAUAAGACAAUCGGAUUAUACGGCCCAUAUGAAUUCGCAUAAAAGUGUUAAACCGUAUACUUGUAAUUAUUGUGGGGCUCAGUUUAUUAGAAAAUAUAACUGUCAAAGACAUGUUAGGGAACAUGAGAAGGAUAAAACGCAUUCUUGUAAUAUUUGUGGGAAAACGUUUCAUCGUUCUUAUUAUUUAAAAGAUCACAUUAAGGUUCAUUCGGGGGUUCGGCCAUAUAUUUGCCAUAUUUGUGGGAAAGGUUCAACGACUAAAUCGAAUCAUAACAAACACGUUCGAAUUCAUCACGCAAGGGAACCAGUCAGUGCAGAGAAUUAAGUUUUUAUUCAAUUUUGACACUUGUGUUCAUUUUAAUUUUAUUCUUUUAAAAUAAUUUUUUAUAUUUUUAUGCAGGUGUUUCAUAUUUUAUUAAUUAUUAAACGAAACACCUUUAUAAGUACACUUUGCUCAUCUUUUUGAUGUAAUCAAAGAUUUUUAUUUAAAUAACUUUUUUUUUAGUUUAACUUUGUAAAUAAGACUAAAAGUUUUAGAAACAAUAACAUUAAUAAAUAAGUAAAAUAAAUAAUGGAGAAUUAAUUGAUAAGAAAACUGUGUGCAAUUUUAGUUUAAUUUUAAACGAGGACUAGUUUUAAUUUUAAUAUGAUUUGUGGUGUAAGUAACGUUUUA